AUGAACCCCAUGAAGCUCUUUGUUCUUCUCAUCACCCUUAUUGCUCUCGAACCAACCCAUGUGAUCGGGUUCGGUCCGAUCGAAUCUGUUGUAUUUGACAACACCACCGGCACCCCGGACACAAGGUUCAAGCAAGAAAUCGGGGCGUCUUACACCGGCAUAGUUCUGUUAGAGGCUUCAGACUUCUUUUUGAAGACUUUCAGACAAACUUAUGGAGGAGGGAAGAACUACACGUCUAUAGAUGCAAUCAUCGAGAGCUUUAGGGCAAAUGGAAUCGGAUGGCAACCCCUCCAAGUUGCCAUUACCGGAGGCAACCAGAUUCUUCUAAAUGCGGACUACGUUCAGGCUUAUAUUGGUGAUGUAAAAGCCGAGUUCACUGGAAUUCUGUUGACCUCCGGAUGGCCAUCGAAAGGCUGGGUUGCGAAGGGGUCGGGCUCAAGGUGGGACGAAGGAUAUGCUGUUACGGCAUACUUUCUGGAGUACUGUAACGGGCUCAGAGACGGAUUCAUUGCCGACCUAAAUGCCAUGAUGAGGUAUUACUAUAGUGAUGCUUUCUUCGUGCAGCUACUCGGGAAGUCUGUGUACGAAUUGUGGGACGACUACAAACUACAAUCGGCACCUGCACCGGCACCGGGUUCAGGAUGUUAA